AGCGGCGGCGGCAGCGGCGGCGGCGGCAGCGGCGGAGGCGGCCGCGGCGACCGUGGCGGAGGCGGUGGCGGAGGCCUCCGUGGCGGAGGCGGAAGCAGAGGUGGAGGCUGAGGUGGAGGCCGAGGUCCCGGCGAAGGCCAGCCUGGGGGAGGCGGCGGCCCUGGCCGGGGAGAAGGCAGAGGCCGGCGGCGCGGCCGCGGCCGCGGCGGUGGCAGCCACGGAGGCCAGCCUGGCGGAGGCCAGCCUUGAGGAGGCCAGCCUGGCGGAGGCGGCUGCGUCGCCUUCCUAUGGGAGGGUGGAUAUGGACGAAGAGCUGGCAGCAGCCUUGGCUGCAGAGGAGGAAGAGGCGGCGGCCGGGGGCUCGGACGAUGGGAACCCAGACUUUCCCACGGCCUCGCUGUACGUGGGCGACCUGCACCCCGAGGUGACCGAGUCCAUGCUGUAUGAGAAGUUCAGCCCUGCCGGGCCCAUCCUGUCCAUCCGCAUCUGCAGGGACAAGGUCACCCGGCGCUCUCUGGGCUACGCAUAUGUCAACUACCAGCAACCGGUGGACGCCAAGCGGGCCCUGGAGACCAUGAACUUUGACGUUAUCAAUGGCCGGCCAGUGCGCAUCAUGUGGUCCCAGAGGGACCCGUCGCUCCGCAAGAGCGGGGUGGGCAACGUCUUCAUCAAGAACCUGGGCAAGACCAUCGACAACAAGGCGCUGUACAACAUCUUCUCGGCCUUUGGCAACAUCCUGUCCUGCAAGGUGGCCUGUGACGAAAAGGGGCCCAAGGGCUAUGGGUUCGUGCACUUCCAGAAGCAGGAGUCGGCCGAGCGGGCCAUAGAUGCGCUGAAUGGCAUGUUCCUGAACUACCGCAAGAUUUUCGUGGGGAGAUUCAAGUCCCACAAGGAGAGAGAGGCCGAAAGGGGAGCCUGGGCGCGCCAGUCCACCAGCGCUGACUUCAAGGAUUUCGACGACGACUCCGAUGACGAGGCCACCUUUCGAUGAAGACUUCCCAGGACCCAGCCAGUAGAGCCACAUCUUGGCUCCCACCCCGUUUACAGCCCCCCACCCCCCAACCCACCAGCAGUGUAUUGUAUUGGGAGUGCAGGUUUCUCUCUCCCCCCUCUUCCCCCUCCCUCUCUUCCCCUCAUCCUUCUCCUUCCUCUCCCCCUUCACCCCUCCCCGCUCCUCUUUUCCUCUUUCCUUCCCUCCCUCUCUUGCCCUCUCUCCCUCUCUCUUCCCUCCCCUCUCCUCUCCCCCACCCCCCCCAACCUCAGAGCUAGCUAGCUAGCUUCCCCAUCCCCUCUCUGCUCUCAGCCCCUCUCUUCUAAUGCCCUCUCCUUCCCUCCCUUUCUCCCCAACCCCAGCAAGGGCCCCUUGUAGAGGAUAAUCCCACUAAUCUGUGCCAUUGGAGAGGUUAAAGGCUGCCUCUUCUCCCGGUGGUGGUCGGUCUGAUUCUUAAAAGCAUUUUUUUCUGUCUCUUUGUUUACUGCACAGGUGAUGCAAUUCAUGGUAGAAAUGUCUGGAAGGAGAAGGAAGUCUGAUGUGGGAGAAAGAAGCAAGAGUCUAAUUGCUUCCCACCAUCCUAAUACCCAGAGAGAAGCCCUUUUAUCUUCUUUGGUGUGCUGUUUUUCCAGGCUCUCUGCUCCCCUUCUCUCUGCCUCUCACCCCAGACCCACCUUCCCUAUUAACAUUCUUGUAGAGUGGUUCAUGUAUGUGGUGUUUCUUAACCUGCUUUUUUCAGCGACUAAAACCAAACAGAAAUCAACGCGUUGAACUUCUUUCCAUGCUAUUCAACAGGCUUAUGAUAAGACCGUCAUCUUCAGUGCCUGCAGAGUGCUCCUGUGUAUCUAUCCAUGGACCUUAACAUUUCUGUAAUCAUUCCUGCAUUGUUGGACAUUCAGGUGGUGCCUAGUUCUUUCCCUGUGUUUAAAACCAACACUGUGUGCCCUGAGGAGUGAAUCCUUCCUUGUCAAGCCAAAUCUAGGCUAGCAUCCUGGAUGCUCUCUCCUUAACUGUGGACUUGCAGGAUCCACAUAUAGACACUUCAAAGACUUUCCCUGUGUGUUUCCAAAAGGCUCCCUUUCAUAAGCAUUGUACCAGUUUGUAUUUGUGCCAGCCAGCCAGUGCAGCUAGUAAAAAGAAAAAAAAUGGGUAUGCUCAUGUCUCCUGCACAGCCUCAUGGUCCGCUCUAACUCUCUCUCUCUCUUUCUCCUCUCCUCUCCUCUCCUCUCCUCUCCUCUCCUCUCCUCUCCUCUCCUCUCCUCUCCUCUCCUCUCCUCUCCUCUCCUCUCCUCUCCUCUCCUCUCCUCUUUCUCUCUCCCUCUCUGUCUCUGUCUCUCUCUCUCUCUCUGCUUGUGUGUAUGUCUCUGUAUGCGUGUGUGCGCAAGCGCGUGCAGUCAAUCUCAUGAGCUGCAAAUGGCAUCUUCACUGUUGUGGUUAUUUCACUGGAAUUGAAUGCUGUUUACCACCCCUUUCCUGCAUUCCUGCUUUCUGUCCUUUUCCCUCUUGCCAUAAAAAUAAAUCAGCUAUGUUGCAGGAAAAAACAAAAUCACUAAGCAGAUGAUUUAACAGAAGAAAUGGAAUGCUAGAAUGCUAUCAGCAAUCAAUCCUAAUGACUCCCAUGCCUUCUCCAACUGUACUCAUCUCUAUGUGCCCAGUGUUUUUCAUGUGAUAUAUGUGUGUAUUUAAUAUAUAUAAAAUUUCAAUAUCUGCUUUUUCAUGCAUAAAAUAUAAUAUAGAUUAUAGAGACAUAGAUGUAUAGAUAUUCUUGAACUUCCUUUCAUUGUCAUUAAAUAUUCUUUUAAAAUA